GGAGGGUUUGUAACAGCUCCGAAACAAUAAAUUUACCAGUUCGACAAAAGCGUCGCGAACAAAACUUCGACUUGCAAUGGAUCAAGAAACAGCCAACGUCUUAUUCGACAAAGGCGCCAUUUUAUUAUUUCUUGAUCCCCCGGAAAACUUGGAAUUCGGCAUUGACUACAAUGCUUGGUCGACUGGUCCACUGUUUAAAGGCGUGAAACUCAUUCCACCGGGACUCCAUUUUGUGUUUUACAGCUCAACAAGUAAAGAAGGUAUUCCCGGUAUGCGAACUGGGUUUUUCCGAUUUUUCGAAGCUGGAGAGGUCCUGGUCAGAAAAUGGAGCAACGAAACGGAAGAUCUAUUGGAUGAGAGCGAAAUGGAUACAGAGCAAGCCGAAAGAUAUAAGGGUGAUAUCAAAUCAUUCGAUAAUAACCUGGGUCCUUAUCCUUUGGCACCGCCCACUAAUUGGCAACGAUGGAUGGCGCUCACCAACUAUAUCACCAAAUCACUGCUACAUCGAAUAUUUCCAAACAAUGGCAUAAUCUCACACCUGCCUUCUCGAAACAAUGACUCGUUGCCCAGCUUGCUGGAAGAAAUGGAUAGAAGAAUGGGAAGGGAGGUGGUUGAAAAGGAGGAAGGUGUAGAGUUUACAGCAUUUGAUCCACGGCAAUCUUUCCCACCCGGUGCCUCGGGCUCGGAAAUAACAAAGUGGAGUAUGGACAAAACCUGGCUGACAAAGGAAUUGCUACGAGAAGUAUACAAUUCAGAUUAUCAUAAUCUUCUCGGAGAACUUCAGCUAGCAUUUGUCGCCACAUUGCUGGGCCAAAACUUCACAUCUUUCAAUCAAUGGAAGAAGAUUGUUCAGCUACUUUGCUCUUGCCAGGAAUUAGUGGAUGAAUCACCACAGCUCUUUAGCGACUUUUUGGAUGUACUCACCAAGCAGAUGAAUGAAUGUCCUCAAGAUUUUUUCUAUGAUAUACUAUCGGAAAACCACUUUUUAUCACAACAGUUGAAGACAUUUUCACGUAACAUCCCAGGAUCGAACGAGAAACUACGACAAAAAUUUGUGGCAUUCCAUCAGAAGCUGCAGGAGAAAUUUCAUUGGGAAAUACCCGGUCUACCAGCUUCUUUGAAAGACCACCGCCGUAGGAGUAGCGACAGAGAAAUUCAUGAUGAUAGCGAGGAUGAUGAAGACGAAGAAGGCGAAUUUGCGCCAACGAUUGUAGAGUUGUAAAUAGUGCACAUAUUCAGCAGCAACAAAAAAAAAGACAGGGCAGAAAAAUAGGUAGUUUCUUUACAUACGGAAUACAGCGUAGUGACAGUGAGGGUCUCACUUAGUUAAUUGACAAAGCAACCGCAUUUUGCCUUGGCCACUGGUUCAUUUCAUAUAGCCACGCCUAAGGCCAAUUGAUGAUGUGCGGGAGAUUUUUUUUUCUAUCAGCCCUUUGCAUCACUUGCUAUCAGUGUUUCUUUUACCAUCUUCGUCAUAGACUUUAUUUCAUUCCACAAUAUCAUUGUG